AGAUUGAACAUCGAAACAGCACACACUCUUCGCAGUGCGAACUGCAGGUUGCUGUUUGGUCGUUUCACAUUGCCUCUUCAAAAUGACUUUCUUCUCCCUUUCCCUCACCAUUCUCCUUUCCCUUCUCUCUGUUUUUCUUCUACAUGCCAAUGCUUACAAUCACCCCAUUCACCAUCGCCACCCUCGUUUUGCCACUCAUAACUACAGAGAUGCUCUCACCAAAUCCAUUCUCUUCUUCGAAGGCCAGAGGUCAGGGAAGCUCCCUCCUAACCAGAGAAUGUCUUGGAGGAGGGACUCUGGUCUUUCUGAUGGCGCAGCCAUGCGUGUUGAUUUGGUUGGAGGGUACUAUGAUGCUGGGGACAAUGUCAAAUUUGGCUUCCCCAUGGCCUUCACCACCACCAUGCUCUCAUGGAGCGUCAUUGAGUUUGGUGGGCUUAUGAAAGGUGAGUUGCAGAAUGCCAGAGUGGCCAUUCGCUGGGCCACUGAUUAUCUUCUCAAAGCUACUGCACAUCCUAACACCAUUUAUGUUCAGGUGGGGGAUGCUAAGAAGGACCAUUCUUGUUGGGAGAGACCAGAGGACAUGGACACUCCAAGAAGCGUGUUCAAAAUAGAUGCAAACACACCUGGUUCAGAAGUUGCCGCGGAAACUGCUGCAGCUCUUGCAGCUGCUUCUCUGGUUUUUAGAAGAACUGACCCUACAUACUCAAAAGUUUUAGCUAGAAGGGCCAUCAGGGUAUUCCAGUUUGCUGAUAAGUACAGGGGGUCCUACAGCAAUGCCUUGAAACCCUUUGUGUGUCCCUUCUACUGCUCUUACUCUGGUUAUCAGGAUGAGCUGUUGUGGGGUGCUGCCUGGCUGCACAAGGCUACAAAGAAUCCGAUGUACCUAAACUACAUUAAAGUUAAUGGCCAGAUCCUUGGAGCUGCAGAGUUUGACAACACCUUUGGGUGGGAUAACAAGCAUGCUGGAGCGAGAAUACUUCUUUCCAAGGAAUUCCUGGUUCAAAGGGUACAAUCCCUCCAUGACUACAAGGGCCAUGCGGACAAUUUCGUUUGUUCCCUAAUUCCUGGGACCUCUUUCUCUUCCACCCAGUAUACACCAGGUGGUCUUCUUUUCAAGAUGAGUGAUAGCAACAUGCAAUAUGUCACAUCCACCUCCUUCCUGCUGCUAACAUACGCCAAAUACUUAACCUCAGCUCAUACGGUUGUUAACUGUGGUGGAAUCGCAGUAACACCAAAGAGGCUUCGGUCAAUAGCUAAGAAACAGGUGGAUUACUUGCUUGGAGACAACCCCUUAAAGAUGUCGUACAUGGUGGGGUAUGGUCCAAGGUACCCAAGAAGGAUACACCACAGGGGUUCAUCUCUACCGUCCAUUGGUGUACACCCUGGAAAGAUCCAAUGUCGUGCAGGCUUCGGUGUGAUGAAUUCACAGUCCCCCAACCCAAACAUUCUAGUGGGGGCUAUUGUUGGUGGACCGGACCAACAUGAUAGGUUCCCAGAUGAACGGUCAGAUUAUGAGCAAUCAGAGCCAGCCACAUACAUUAACUCACCCCUUGUAGGAGCACUCGCUUAUCUUGCUCACUCAUUUGGUCAACUCUAAGACUCCAACUAAUUUGGGGUAUCCCAUGUUUUAUUUCAGUAGUGUUUUAUUUCUUAGAAGCACACACUCAUUUGAGACACCUUAGAAACCUUAUUGCUACCACGCUUAUGUACGUGUAUGUAUGUUAUGUCCAGUGAUAGUGUGUUCAACUUCUGAAGAAAUUGAAACCGAGUUACCGAUGUUUUGUUUUUGGUA